AUGAGGCUCCCAUGGCUCCUGACAGCGUUUACCGCCACCCUGAUGGCGCAUGGCGCCAAAGCAGCAAGCGACGCGGCUGCGGAGGCUGCCGCGCUGGCCAUGGCCCAAAAAUUAUACCCGACAUGCGCUCUCGUGUGCCUUGCGAAACUGGUCCCAACCUCCGGCUGUAGUCUCACAGACACUGAGUGUCUUUGCACAGACGUGGAGCUCAACUCUCAACUGUCAGUCUGUGUUCUGCAAGGAUGCAACUAUGAAGAUGCACUCUUGACGAAGAAUGGCUCAUCAACAAUGUGCGGUGUCCCCGUGCGGGAUGAGACAGCGACACCUACAAUAGUCGCGGCCGUUGGCUUUGGUCUUGCCACUUUCGUGUACAUUCUGCGAAUUUGCUCUGCGCUGCCUGCGAAUGGGCGUGAGCUCGGCUGGGACGACUGGACUAUCACAGCGACCUUGUUGCUCACCAUUCCGCCGACGAUUUUCGCAUUUCUUUUGUCCGCGAAUGGCCUGGGAAAAGACAUGUGGACUCUGCCUAUGUACAAGAUCGAAAACGUUCUGUUUUACUACUUCAUCGGAGAGCUGUUCUACUUUGCAGCACAAUCCAUGAACAAAAUCUCCAUACUGAUCUUCCUGCUGCGAGUCUUCCAGCACAAUGACCUGAACAGGUUCAUUUGGGCCACUAUGGGCCUCUGUGCAGCCUACGCUGUGUCAUUCUUCUUCGCGACAUUCUUCCAGUGUUGGCCCAUCAACCAUGCGUGGAUGCAGUUGGAGGAGUGGCAUGUGGGCUACUGCAACAAUAUCCACCUUCAGGGGUGGCUCAGCGCUGCCUUCAACAUCCUUAUCGAUAUCAUCAUCCUGAUUCUGCCGCUGUAUGAGCUUUACAAGCUGCACGUGAGCCUGCACAAGAAGCUCAUGCUCAUGAUCAUGUUCUCAUUGGGUAUUUUUGUCACUGUGGCCAGUAUCAUUCGCCUGCGCACCCUUGUGCUAUUCGCCAACUCGACCAACAUUACGUAUGACUACAUGGACGCCGCCUACUGGAGCACAAUCGAGCUCUACGCAGGUAUUAUCACGGCCUCGCUGCCCGCCGUCUACAAGCUGUUCUCCAGCCUCGGCCUCAGCCCAACGUGGUCGAGUGUCAAGAACAAGAUGUCUGGCGGCUCGUCCGGUAAGACUCCUGCAAGCUCAGGCGUCGCGUCUUCCGGGAUCUCGAAGUCGGAUAAUAGGCCCAAGCCGCGGCAGAUAUCCUUGAAACGCGGGGAUGAGCCUGAGUUCAUCCGCCUGAACGAUGUGGAGUCUGGAAAGUCUGGAAAAUCCUCCUGGGAUUAG